UCCGGGCAUUCACUUGUAAGGCACCCAAAGCCGUUCCGAUUGUCCCGGUCGGGCGCAUUGUUCGCUCACAUUGCCAGCGUGCCCAAGUUUGAACUUUCUAAACUCGACGGCGACAAGGUAUAUUAGUCAGUUGUCCACGGCGACAAAAACCCAAUUUUGGUGAAUAUCAUACCACCACGACAAAGCGUACGACAAGAUACAAGAAUCGCCUACGGAGGCUUAUAAGUGUCGAACUCAGUAAAUACCACACAAAAAUACAACGCGCGCAUCGCGUUCAAAACUGCAAAGAUGUUGUUCGCAAUCUUAUUCACGUUCUGGCGCUUCGCCGAGAUCGUCACCUUGAUCCCCGUAAUGGGUAUGCUGGCCUGGUUCGUGAACGGCUACGUGGAGGCGAACAUGGUGACACCCUCUUACAUUCUGGUGCUCUUUGUCGUGUCGGUGCUGGCGCUCGCGUGGGCCAUGUUCACCCUCUUCAGCUACCACCGGUCGUCGGCGCACGCGCAGUUUGUCGGACUGGUCGACCUGGCCUUUGUGGGCGCCCUCAUUGCGGGAGUCUACUACCUGCGUUUUGUCUCCAACCUCGACUGCACCAGCGUGACGGCGGGAUCCCAGGUCGACAUCGACUUUGGCAUCUUUGGCAGCGCCCGCAUUGGCAGCCUCGACGUCAGCCUCGACAAGACGUGCGGCAUGCUCAAGGCCAGCUUUGCGCUGGGCAUCAUGAACUGCAUCUUCUUCUUCAUCACCUCGGCCCUCGCCUGGAUCCACGGUGACCGCGCCGCCAAGAGCGAGCGUGCUUACGUGGUUGAGCGCCGCAGGAGCCAUAGCAGACACAGCAGGCACAGCAGCCAUCACCGCGGCGGGAGCAGGAGCAGGAGGAGCUCGCAUUCCCACCAUCGCGCCUAUGUUUGAGGCAGGGGCCGUUGGAAGGGUAAUUGAUGACGUUGGUAUGGAGGAAGGGGGUUUCAUGAUUUGAUGGGCAUGUUAUGAUGUUAGGAUAUGUUGGUUGUUUGGCAAGCGCGGGGCUCGUUGAUAUGUAUGGAAGUGGUUCAUAUGAGAGAGACGGCGAUUGUCGAUACUAGACUAUGAUGUGAUGAAGUAUUUAUUAGCGGGUGGUUCUGUCGAGUUCUAUGUAGAUAGAGGGUCUUCAUUGUUGGAUCAGCGAGGGAAUGGGGAGGGCCGAAUGUUCAAUUGUCAUGAGAUACCUAUGUAAAGCUUGAGGACACCUCCAGUUUCACUUGUACUGUACAUACCUAACCAGCAGUUUUCCGCCUGUACGUGGGUCUAGGCUGGCGCCUUCACCAUUGGCAAGCUGCUUG